UUAAAUUACAGAACCUUCUGUCCGUCCAGAGGCUAGUGGUAUCAGAAAACCUUUUGAUGACGGUGACGAAUCCGACAGCGGAUGGCAGCAAGAGUUGGAGCGCAGAUACGCGCAAGACGCCAACUUCAUGGCGGAAUUGCGAGCCAGACACCCGUCCAGCCCGCCCAAGGAUAACCAGAUGCCAGGUCCGAACUACGCACAAAACUCGUACGGGCACAACUUCAAUCACAGCGGACAGAGUUUCCAUAUCCAAGGAGUGCACUAUCCGCAAAACCAUAACAUCAAUUCGGCUUCCAGUUACGUCUCCCAACAGAACUAUCCCAAUGUUUUGCCAUCAAACUCUAGACCUGACAACCUACUACAAGAAUCAGCAAAAAACAACGAUGUUAGAGAAGAUCCGAUAGAAGAAGAAGGAGAAAUUAAAAAUAAAGAAACCCUACAAUUCGAAGAAGCAUUGAAGCAGUGGGUAAAUCGGUAA